GCACACACGGUGUGGUAUUUUCUUUUCUGAUUGCUCGCUUGGAGAGACGCACCGCACCAUUCCCUCCCCCUUGUCAACUUGACUCAACCGGCGCUGCCGCUGUUUUUUCGCGUCCUACUGCCGUUUCGUGAUUGCUUCUUUUUGGUUGUGUCUCGUCACGCUGCCACACUUGCACUGCCAUACACCAACCAGACCCGUGAGCAUGGCAAAGUCCGCGACCAUGCUGCUGCCCGCCCAAGGCUUUGACUUUCCGCUUCUGGGCGCCGUCGACUUUCGCAAGCUGCGUGCCAUGGCAGCCCAAGACGCAGAUGGCCAAAACACCUCUGCCUCGAAAGUCGAGGAGAACCGCAAACACUGCCACUUUUGCUCCAAACGCUUCGCCUCACUAGCCCACGUCAUCCGCCAUGAACGCGUGCACACUGGUGAACGCCCCUUUGCCUGUGAUGUCUGUGAUCGACGCUUUAGCCAGUUGGGUAACCUCCGCACCCACCGCCGUCGCCAUGCCCACUGCGACGCCAAGGCCGUCAUCACCAAAGACAGCUGUACCAGGCCCGACCUGACAGCUGCUACUGCCACCCCUGAUGCCCCAUCCUCAACUCACAAAGCCGUCAAAGCCGCUGCACCAGCGCGGGACCACUCAGCUCGCCCCGCAGGCAAGCGCUCCAAGACUUGUUCCGCCUCGGCUGACGAUACCAAGGCAACCACCAAGGCAUCCGAUGGCCUUUCCAUCCUCUUGCAGGCGAUUGAACACGAAGGCAACUCGCCUUCAACCUCAAAAUCGCCUUCCCCCAACCAAGCCGUGGUCCAGGAUGCCACUGCCUUUGCCUCCCCUACGCUGCCCAACCUGGCCGCUGCCGCCAUGAUGGCAGCUCAACAAAUGGCGAGCCAUUCCUCCACCGGCACCCCCUUUAUGGCCUUUCCCAUGCCCUUCCCCUUUUUUGGCCCCAUGUCCACCUCGGGGUUUGCGUCACUCGCUGCCUGGAAUUGGGGGAUGAACAAGCAGUUGCCAGGAACCUCAUCCACAGCCCCCUCAGAAGACGGCACUGAGCUCUCUCGCCCAGGCUCGGCCACUGCCCACAACUCGGAUGCGUCAAAAAAUCCUUCCCCACAUCCCUCCGAUGCCAUCACUGCUUAAGCGGCGCUCCUGCCCGCAUCUUGUAUAUGCGUGUGCGUAUGGAUCGAGCCGCGCUCGUGCCUGGCAAACUACACUGCCAUCACUCUUGACGCACUGCCCCUUGUUGUUUUAGUUUUGCAAUGUUUGAUUCGGACAGUGAUGCCGCUCCUCGUUGGUGUCUCACUGUUAAGGCUAGGACUCUCAAAUUUUACCUCUUCUACCUUUUUUUUCUUUUCUUUUCUUUCUGCUUCUUGGUGGCGUUCUGAUCCGUGAACGUCGCCGUGCUUUGUUGUUCCCCAGGUGGGCUUGUCUUUUGACCCUUGUACAAAUCUCUUAGCUCGGGUUUAAGCUCGUUUCUGAAUCACCCGCUCUCUUCUGAUAGCACAACACCACCGUUGUUGCUCCUCGGCGGACGCGCAUGCCUCUCCUGCCGUCAGUCCGAUUCGCUUCUUAUCCUCAGCGAGGCACAUAACCAAAUUAGGCUCCCCUUUGGCUUGUGAAGUUUUGCCUGCUUUGCUUUUAGCGCUCAUCGAUUUUCUUUUCUUUUUUUUUUUUUUCGUUUUAACAGCCCCUCAAUCCACUUCUCAAGUUC